AUGUCAGAUCAGGAAUCGGGAAAACCUUCCAGCUCAACGCCCGUCGCCAUUCCUGAGAAUGGGGCUGGCGCAACCGCGGGCUCAUCGGCGCAGCCCGCCGCCAGCACAGAGUCCCCAUCAUUCAGGGAGAAGAAGGAAUUAGCGGCGGCGGCGGACACAUCAUCAGUGAAAGCCUCGGAAGUUCAGAACGCCAACCGCGCCGAGACGUCGGGCAUCUCUGCCGACCCGCUGAACUUUGGUCAACACCGCCGUGCAAACGUUUCCAAGAAGCAGAUGAAGAUUGACCACCCCAAGGGCAACAAGAGAAAACUCAAAAAGUUUUACACCAGGCAAAACCAGCUUAUCGACCAGUUUCUCGGAGUUGACGACGAAGAGCAGAACGCGAUCCAAGAGGAUGCCCGUGUGGCACCCAAGAUCAAGUUCGCUGUCAAUGCCUCGUUCGUGGUCAACUUUUGCCUUUUCAUCAUCCAGCUUUAUGCUGCUAUCUCCACGGGAUCAUUGGCUCUCUUUGCGACGGCAGCUGAUGCAUUUAUGGACCUUGUGUCUUCAUUCGUUAUGCUCGUGACCUCGAGAAUGGCUGCAAGGCCGAGCAUUUACAAGUACCCGGUUGGUCGCACACGCAUCGAGACGAUUGGUGUUAUCCUAUUUUGCGCGCUGAUGACAACAGUCGCAAUCCAGCUUUUGGUCGAGUCGGGUCGCAACCUAGGUGCAGGCGGUCACGAGAGCGGGGAGCUUCACAUAAUUCCCAUCAUCUUUGUCGGUGUCGCUAUCUGCGCCAAGGGCAGCUUGAUGGUCUUUUGCCUGUUUUACAGAAAGUAUCCUUCUGUUCACGUCUUCUACAUCGAUCACCGCAAUGACAUCGCAGUGAACUCGUUUGGUCUUAUCAUGGCCGUCGCUGGAGAAAAGUUUGUCUGGUACCUUGAUCCUAUCGGUGCCAUCCUCAUCGCUCUCAUCAUCCUGUUUUCGUGGGUGUCCAACGCCUUUGAGCAGGUCUGGCUGCUGGUUGGCAAGUCGGCGCCUCGCGAGUUCAUCUCCAAGCUUAUCUACAUGGCCAUGACGCACGACGAGCAAAUCCUCAAGGUCGACACGUGCCGUGCGUACCAUGCCGGUCAGCGCUAUUACGUCGAGGUUGAUAUUGUCAUGGACGACGAGACGCCCCUGAGGAUAUCCCACGAUGUGGCCCAGUCCCUCCAGCGCAAGAUGGAAGGGCUGGGCGAUGUCGAGCGUGCCUUUGUACACGUCGACUAUGAGCAUGAGCACGACGUUUAUGAGGAGCACAAGCCCCUUUACGUGAGGGAGCCCAAGACAAAGAGGACAUGGAGAGAAAUAUUUACUGGCGCCAAGAAGAAGAUUCAGGGUGAGAACCCUGACAGCCAGGUCGCGUGA